GGAAAAUGCUCAUUAGAAAGCAUUGGACUUGUGACAGAAAUCUUGCAUACUUGUGUGGCUUUAAGCAACCCCAAAUUGAACGGAGGUAACCCCACUGUCGUCAUAGUAGCGUUCAUCGCGCGCCACCUCGAGAGAGCCAAUCAGAUUCAAGAAAAUGGCCCCGUCGUGUUGACAACGCUGGAAGGACUUCCGGGCUGAUAAUGAAGGCCGCACCGGCGACAGAAACUGAAAACCGAACGAUAGCUGCAGUGUUUAUUAAGUUCCAUAUAUAUAGCUACUGGUUACUCUGUUUUGUGUAACCGGUUUGUUAUUUUUUGCUUAUGAUUCUUUUGGAAUACACGGGGACAACGUUAUCUGAGGAAUAAGCUGGUCUAUGUUUACAAGAAGAUUCACCAUAUCAUCUAAGAAAUAACUCACACAGUGGAAUCUGCAGAUGCAUUCAUCAGAGAAGAGGGGGCAUAUCAUAGCUUGAAUAACCCAAGAGGAGAGUGGUUCAUCUCCAAAGGAAAAAAGCAAGGGAUAAAGGAGUAAAGGACAAGAGACACAAAAACAGAUCCACACCCUCAGACUGAGAGUCUGUCCUGCUCUCGCCACUCUUCCUUGUUUGUCACCCUCACUCCUCCAUCAGGAUGAAGCUGAAGGAGGAUGUGCCUCCUCUUUUCCUGCACAUCUUUCGCUCUAUCGUUUGGGUCUACUCUUUCAUCACCUUCAUACCCUGGUACUUCCUGUCUGGAGCAGGGGCCAACCAGGCCCGUGCCAAACGCAUCAAAGCACGCUCAGUUACCGGGAAUCCAGCAGGGCCUUACCGAGCCAUCAACAGCCAGAAACAGCUUGUUUCAGAGCUCCAUGAUGGAUUGGGAACUCUGGAUAAAGUGUUUGAUUAUGCAGUUAAACACUUUUCUCAGAGAGACUGUCUCGGUACCCGAGAGGUGCUCAGCGAGGAAGAUGAAGUUCAGCCCAAUGGCAAGGUCUUCAAGAAGGUGAUACUGGGUAAUUAUAACUGGCUGUCAUAUGAGGAAACCUUUCAGUUGGCCCAGAGGUUUGGGAGUGGCCUGGCUGCCCUGGGUCAGAAGCCUCACUGUAACAUUGCUAUCUUCUGUGAGACUCGUGCCGAAUGGAUCAUAGCAGCACAGGCCUGUUUCAUGUACAACUUCCCAUUGGUGACGCUGUACUCUACUCUGGGAGGGGCAGCAAUAGCCCAUGGUCUCAAUGAGACAGAGGUCACACACAUCAUCACCAGUAAAGAUCUGCUGCAGAGUCGCCUCAAGGACAUUUUGCUGGAGGUUCCUAGGCUGCAGCACAUUAUCAUUGUUGACCAUAAGUCCACCAGCUGGCUUGGCCUGCCCGGAGGCAUUCUGGUCCACAACAUGUCCUCUGUGCAGGAACUGGGAGCAAAAUCUGAGAGCAUGAUGGUGCAGCGGAGGCAGCCCCUUCCCAAAGAUAUCGCUGUGAUCAUGUACACUAGCGGUUCCACAGGCAUCCCCAAAGGAGUCAUGAUCUCUCACAGAAACAUCAUUGCCGGGGUAGCUGGCAUGGCUGAACGUAUCCCGAACCUGAAUGAGAAUGACACCUUUAUUGGCUACUUGCCGCUGGCGCAUGUGUUGGAGCUCAGUGCUGAGCUGGUGUGUGUUUCUCAUGGGUGUCGCAUUGGAUACUCCUCACCGCAGACCCUUUCCGAUCAGUCAACCAAAAUUAAAAAGGGCAGUAAAGGAGAUGCCACUGUCCUGAAACCAACGCUAAUGGCAGCUGUUCCGGAGAUCAUGGACCGUAUCUAUAAGAAUGUGAUGACAAAGGUGGAUGAGAUGAGCAGAGUGCAAAGGACUCUCUUUGUGCUGGCCUACAACUACAAGUUGGAGCAGAUCAGUAAAGGAUAUAGCACUCCACUAUGUGACCGUCUGGUUUUCAGCAAAGUGCGUUCAUUGCUGGGUGGGAAUUCGCGAGUGUUGCUGUCAGGAGGAGCUCCUCUCUCUGCAGCUACUCAGCGCUUUAUGAACAUCUGUUUCUGCUGCCCAGUGGGACAGGGCUACGGCCUUACAGAGACCUGUGGAGCUGGGACCAUUAGCGAGUUAUAUGACUACAGUACAAGCCGUGUUGGAGCGCCUCUUGUGUGUUCUGAGAUCAUGCUUAAGGACUGGGUAGAAGGCGGAUACUAUAGUACUGACAAGCACGCUCCUCGAGGGGAAAUUGUGAUUGGUGGACCAAAUGUUUCUAUGGGUUACUAUAAGAACGAGGCAAAGAACAAGGAAGAUUUUUUUGUGGACAGAAAUGGCCAGCGUUGGUUCUGCACAGGAGACAUUGGAGAGUUCCACCCUGACGGUUGUCUUACGAUCAUUGAUCGUAAAAAGGAUCUGGUGAAACUACAGGCAGGAGAGUAUGUGUCUUUGGGAAAAGUGGAAGCUGCACUGAAAAACUGCCCCCUCAUCGACAACAUAUGUGCUUAUGCUAACAGUGAGGAGUCAUACGUGAUUGGCUUUGUGGUUCCCAAUCAGAAGCAGCUGCUGGCUCUUGCCAAACAGAAGCAAGUGAGAGGGUCAUGGGAGGAAAUUUGUAACCACCAUGAUAUGGAGAAGGAGGUGCUGUCUGUCAUUACUGAAGCUGCUGUAAAUGCCAAACUGGAGCGUUUUGAGAUCCCCAAGAAGAUCCGUCUGAGUGCCGAGCCAUGGACUCCGGAGACAGGCCUGGUUACUGAUGCCUUCAAACUCAAACGCAAGGAGCUCAAAAGCCACUACCAGGAAGACAUUGAGAGGAUGUAUGGUGGCAAGUAAAAUAAGAAAGGGUCAGACAGUAGCAAGAAUUGGGAUAAUUCAAAGGAUUUAGGAUGUAACAUAACCGCAAAACCUGUAUAAUAUGACUCCAAAUAUGCAUUCCUAUUUCUUUUGGAUAAACCCCUUAGACCAUAUUCAAGAACAUAUUUACAUUUUUGUAAGGUAUUGGCUAACCAAAACAAAAAUGUUAAGAUGGUCAACAGGCAAAGGUGUCUAAUCAGUAACAAUAAAGCAAUUUUUGACCAGUGUUCUUCUAGUGGACUUCUAGAAGACAUUUGUAUUAUAGACUAAGGUGAUGCCAGGACCUGGCAUGAAUCAUUUCAGGAACUAAUGACUUCACUUUGAAUCUCAUACUUUGAAAUGGAUGAACCAACUCCAGUUAGCCACAAGGAAAAUGCACAGGAAUUCAUAAUAAUGUAGUCAUAAGACUUGUGAAUUCGUUCCAAUCUGCGAUCGUGAGACUGUUGAUUUGACCGGAACAAGGUAGCAUUAUCUGAGCAGGGAAAAUGUUUUAAACUGUUUAUUUUUCAUGUUGGUUCUGUUCAUUUCUAUUUGGUGAUUAUGUGGCAUCUGUAAAAUGAAGCAUCAAGAGACAUCAAUGUGAAGGUCAAUUACUAUAUCAUGUUCCAUACAUGUCCUUUUUUUUUUUUUUUUU